GCAGCAUAACUUUGAGAGUUUUCAGAAGUCUUGUCGAGUUUAGUUUAGCAGACACUCUAAACGCGAGGAUUACUUUAUUAUUAUUACUGUAUAACUUACUGUACUUAGAGAAAGUGACGCUUUUAUUACAUUUCUCUUCACGAUCUGCGGAAUCUCAAAACUGUUAGGUCAUGUCAGAUCACAAACGGAUGCUUCGAGAUGUUGGAAACGGGCCGACGAAGAGGAAUCUGUUCGGUCCGGUGGAUCGCGAGCAGCUUCAGGUGGAGUACAACGACGCCCUGCAGAAGGACUUGGAAGAAGCGUCGCGCCGCUGGAACUACGAUUUCGUCUCAGACAAGCCGUUAGAGGGCGGAGACUUCCAGUGGGAGGGCGUGUCUGCUGUUCGAGUACCUGUGCUGUACAACACGUGUCAGACGGAGGAGCAGCUGACACAGCGGGGAACAGAGGAAUCACAGAAAGAGAACAUCCCCAGAACACCAGAGCGCUUCACAUCUGUUCCAAAACAACACACAGAGGGAACACCAGAAAAGAACGAAGCACAGAAAAGAAAACAGACAAAUAUCACAGAUUUCUAUCAGGCGAAGAAGAGGCUGGUCACACCCCGCAAAUCAGGUCAAUAACUGUAAACACACACGCGUCUGGACUUAUGUGUGGAGCACAGAUGUGUGUAAAGACAUUUAUUCAUAUAAACUCUUUAGAUUCUUCUGUUGUGGUGUCGCGGAUCAAACGCUCUCCUCAAACACAGCACUUCACAUCUUGGGCUCGUCUUCAAUCAUGUGUGUUCUUCAUGUGCACUUCAUGUUUAUGUGUUUUGAUUCCGUGGCACUUUAACAAAUGCCUUAAUAUUUCACCGGACGAGGUGAACAAGAAUUUGUUUAGAAAUGUUAAUGAAUCUUUCCAGUGUUAAACCCAUCACAGCUUUGUCUCAAGUGUGUAUCUGACGGUAAUGAACGCAGAUUUAUUUCAGUCCACACGUUGGAAAGAAAUCUAUUGCUUUAUUGCACAAAAGCUCAUUUUAAAAAGGUGACUUUAGUUAUUUAUGAAUCUAACACUCAUUAUUAACAUUAUUAUUUUGAAACGCGAACCUUGAUCAAGCUGACAGUAUGUCCAUAAUCUCAAGUUACGUUUUAACAACGUUAAAAUUACCUAUUUAGUCACAUUCAUGAAACUCAAGCGGAACGAAUUACUGGCAUUUUAUUGCUUUUGGUUUUCUAAACACGACACAUUAAUCCGUUCCGCUUGCAUUUCAUCAACCACGACUAGAGCGCAUUACAAACUCUCAAUUUUUCCUCUUUGUUGUUGUUGUUGUGGAAUACAAAGAUUGUGUGUUUUAUGUCCAGCCGUGAUGUUUCGGUUAAUGUUAUUAACAAUGUGAUGGUGGUAUUACUGUGGCUCUUGUUUUAUUUCAUGUGAUUGGCAUCUGGUUCUGUAAUGUUUCUUGUAUUCUGAUGUCUGUCGAAUCUGCAAGUAUGCAGGUAAUUUGCAGAUUAUACUGAAUUGCACUCUUUCAUACGUGUAGUGUAGCUUGCACAAGUCUGUUAUUGUUAAAGAGCUCAGAAUAUUUGCUGUAUUUAUUUCCAGAUAAAUGUUGUAUUGUAGAUUUACAUGUAAUUGUCCAUAAAGAUGCAUAUGAAGAGAAACUA